AUGCAGAUCAUCGCAGCUUUCGCCGCUGUCUUGGCCGUUGCCGCCGCCACUCCAAACGAGGGACCUAAGGGAUACGGUGCUGAGCAGCCAAAAUAUCCUGCUGAGCCAACUCACCCAGCGGAGAAACCGACCUAUCCAGCAGAGAAGCCGACUUACCCUGCUGAACCUACCUACCCAGCAGAAAAGCCGACUUACCCUGUCGAGAAGCCAACAUACCCUGUCGAGAAGCCCACGUACCCGGCCGAGAAGCCAACAUAUCCAGCGCAGCCGACCUACCCAGCUGAGAAGCCAACCUAUCCAGUGGAGAAGCCCACCUACCCAGUAGAGAAGCCCACCUAUCCAGUAGAGAAACCAACCUAUCCAGUGGAGAAGCCAACCUAUCCCGUGGAGAGACCUACCUACCCGGCAGAGAAGUGCGAGACCAAGAACACAUGCAAAGCCACUUGGACCACGUACGAGAAGAUGGUGCCAACAACCGCUUACGAGACCCUCACAACGACCACAAUGAAGCCAUACACCACAACGGUGUACGAUAAGCAAACAGUUGUGACCACCGAUCACGUUCCAUCCGGCUACGUCAGCUACAAGACGUCUCAAUACGAGACCGAGAUCAAGACCAAGACCCAGAAGGUCGAGACCGUCACCACGACAUACCUCACGACCAUCUUGGUUGAUUCUUACGUCCGUACUACCGUCGAGUCCAAGCUGCCAUGGACCUACACGACCGCUUUCGAGAAGCCCCACACCACGGUCAUCAAGAAGCCAGUCGAGUCCGUCUACAUGAAGCCCGAGACAACUGUCUACACUUCCGGAUACGCUACUCAAACUAAGUCUGUCUGCACCGAGAGCACUUCGAUCUGCAAGGACGAGAAGGUCUGCUCUACCUAUCCUCUCCAGAAGCCAACUGGCCCAGCUGAGAAGCCUACCCACCCUGCUGAGAACAAGCCGACUUAUCCAGCUGAGAACAAGCCCACUCACCCAGCCGAGAAGCCUGUUUACCCAGCUGAGCCAACUUACCCAGCCGGUGGUGCUAAGCCAUACCUCGGAGAUGACAAGGUUGUCGCUGACCCGGCACCAAAGGCCUAUGCCUAAGCGCG